AUGCCACAAAGAGCAGCAUUGAGUCCUUCGUUGAAUGGGAGACGAAGCAACAAACUUUUACAAGAAUACAACAUUGAUGGCAGAACAAAGAGAUCAAAGUUUCAGUCUUCAAGCGGUGUGCAUCAAGUAGCACCACAAGACAAAGAGAUCCAUAUGCGGGUAUCACCUGAGGUCAAGGGGCACGGGAUAAAAGAGCCGCAAUUGAUUCGACGGACCGGGAUAAUUCUAACUCAACAACAUCAGGAGAGCGUGGCCUCAGCAGAUGGACAGGAAAAACUCCAAGGGCUGGGGGAUUUCGUGUUUCUUCGUGAUAUGAAAUGGCGGAGGUUUAGAUCCAUGAUGCUUAGAGGGUCUCGUGUACUUUUAGCUUACGGCAGGGCUUCCGGAAAACAAGCAUUGAACCAGGCCGGGCUGAUGCGCAAGAGACCUGAGCGGUCGGUGAUGGAAACAUCAAGUGAAGCUUUGUUGCACUGCAGUGGAGUGUGUGUGCACAGUUCGAAUGCAACGACUUGUUGUGGCUGCUGUGCUCAGAUCUUGACUCUCAAGUUAUCGCUUUCGGAAGCCGCUGGAGAAAUUGAACUAGAGCACGCUACGGUAUCGUAUUAUCUCACAGCAGAGAAGGGGGCGCCUUUGAGGCUCUGGCUUGGCGAGGGUGUGACGCCUGUGACAUACGGACCUGGCGAUGGAGGGUUACAGCGUAACAAUCAGAAUCGCUGUUGUCUUUUGAGAAAAGAUAAGAGACAAAGUCAUGAGAAUUCUUUAUUCUUGGACUGGUCGCCACAAUGGCCACGAGUUUACGGGCCUUUUAGUGAGGACCUUGGUUACACCUCUUUUGAAGUUUUGUGCAUGUCUAGUUCAAGUUUCGGUUCAGAUGGAGUUGAAAUAGUCGGUGAGGACGGAACUGCAGGAACGUCAAUCCCUAGCAGCGGGUCGAUGUCCAUUUUGAUUGUUUCCAGGUUUCUUGGGAUGGGUGUUUCUCACCGGGGCUCUGCGGCUUCGGGGCCCGGGCGGGAACACCAGCAGAGCCCCCCGGGCGGACGCGGACGGCGGGUGGCGAGCUUGUAUUAG